AUAAUUAUUUGUCUUUUUUCAGGAUUCCUGCCCUCGUACCUGUUGCCAGCUUACGACGAGGUCAUCGACCGUCCAGCUACUCCCCCUCCACCUUACACACCUGUCCUGGCAACACCUCCACCCACAGAUACACUUGAUGAAUCUUGCGACCAUGCAGCAACACCAAUCCCAAGUGAUGCAGCUUGCACGGCUAUCCCAGAGACUCUGCUGCUCCAGUCUCAAAGCACUCACACCAACAAGGAUUCAAUGCAGGGCAGGUACCGGCGCUUCACAGGGGACUCUGGAAUAGAAGUGUUUGACGGCCAGGAAUUGUGGGAUCAGCCUGAAUUUUUAACGAGAGAACAGGCGGAUGAUGAUGAAAUGGGUCAAAUGCAGGAAGCCUGUGUUUGCUGCGGUUCCCCGGGAUGUGAGCACAGCCACAUAAAUAAUGGCCCGAGCAAUGAAAACACUGAUGGACACACAACAGUUGAUGCAGACCCACAGUUUCAUAGGUAAAGACUUAAGUCCUCGUAAUUGUGCAGAGUGGAUACUUUAAGGGCCGGUCUUUGUUCAUGUUAAAUUACACAGUUGGAAUACUACAACUGUCUGUCUUGUUUGACAGUUCUGUUUUCAGGGUGUGCAUGAAAGACACUAUUGCCAUGUAAAUGUCUCGAGGCUUUCAUUGGUACAGUUAACUAUAAUAAUAAUUAUAUAUAUAGUAGGCCUCUUAAUACAAUCACCUAAGUCUAAUUUUGACAAGGUGGGCUUUUUUUUUGCCUUAAACAUCUCAGGAUACCGGCCACCUCUGCUAAAAUCAACUACAUCCUUAGUUAAACAGAUUGUUCAUUAAAGACUGUCAGAAUGUGGU